AUGAUUCAACCUCCAUUUGAUCAGUUUGCUACUCUAACGGCCCCCGCCACCACAUCUUCAGUGGCGCCUAUUCCCACUGUCAUUCCGGGGUCUGAAGUCUACCAGGAACUUCAUGAUGUGGGCAAGCGAACUCUAUGGGUUGUCACUGUGUUGAUGGGCAUCUCCUCGCUGGUGUUCUAUACUCUGGCCGCUCGUGCUCCUCUAUCUAAACGAAUCUUCCAUAUUCUAACCUCCCUCAUAACCACCAUCUCUUUCAUAAUCUACCUAGCCCUUUCAACCGGUCAAGGCAUCACAACCAAACACACCAUAGUCUACGAGUCCCAUGAACAUGUCCCAGACACACACACAGACUACAUCCGCCAAGUCCUAUGGCUGCGCUAUGUAAACUGGGCAUUAACAACACCUCUGCUCUUUAUCAACUUCGCCCUUUUAUCCGGCCUACCAGGCGCAAACCUACUUAUCGCCACUGUCGCCCACCUGACCAUGCUGGCGACAGCUCUAUUCGGCAUAUUUGCAGGCCACGGCCCCGAGCGCUGGGUCUGGCUGACCCUCACGUGUAUUUCAUACCUGGUCGUGAUCCACCAUGUAGGCUUCCACGCGCAGCGAGCGGCAAAGAGCAAGGAUGCUCAGACAAGACGGUUAUUCGGUUCUAUUUCUGGGUCCGCCAUUGCAAUGCUAGCUCUAUUCCCUAUUUCCCUCGCGGCUGGGGCUCUUGCGCUUAGGUUGAGCGUUGACACCGAGACCAUCCUCUUCGCUAUACAGGACGUCUUUACGCAAGGUGUUCUUGGAUACUGGCUUCUAUUGUCUCAUGAGAGCGCGUCUGGAAUUGCGCUCUACAUGGAAGGAUUCUGGUCCCAUGGUGUCGGCAACGAGGGCGCUAUUCGCAUCUCCGACGAAGAGGGCGCGUAA